AUGCUCAUGCUCUCCCAGGUCCUCGCUGCCGUCCUUCUCAGCGCACUCGUCGUUUCUGCUUCGCCGCUCGAGGCGCGUCAAUCGUGCAGCUCGACGUACACAGUUGUCAGUGGAGACACCUGCGCUGCGAUCGAGUCCAAGAAGGGCAUCUCUGACGCCCAACUACACGCACUCAAUCCCUCGAUCAACAGUGCUUGCACCAACCUUCAGAUUGGGGAAGUUCUCUGCCUCAGCAGCGGGGGAACGUCUUCUGGCUGCAGCAAGAGCUACACAGUGGUCAGCGGGGACACAUGCGCUGCUAUUGAGUCCAAGACGGGAGUCUCCGAUGCGACUCUUCACUCGCUGAACCCGUCCAUCAACAGCAGUUGCACCAAUCUCCAAAUCGGCCAGGUUCUCUGCGUUGCGAGCGGCGGCGGCUCGUCUCCUCCUGGCGGUGGGCAGACAUUCAACGGGCUUGCGACAUACUACGACCCCAACGGCGGCCGCGGCGCAUGUGGUAACAUACUCCAGAACAGCGACUUCAUCGUCGCCUUGGGGAGCGGUCAUUGGGACAGCGGGGCCCAUUGCGGUGCCACGGUCAACGUCCAAUAUCAGGGCAAGACUAUCCAGGUUGUCGCGCAGGACCUCUGUCCCGGCUGCCAGGGCGCGAACGGCCUUGAUCUCUCCGAAGGCGCGAUGCAGGCGUUGGACGCGAACUAUAUCGCGGACGGGGUCAUCUCCGUUGUGUGGGGCUUCGCUUAG